AUGCUGAGGCGGUUCUCGCGAUGUCUUGCGCCGCGUGCAAAGCACCACGAUGAGUUGGUGAAGAUGUGGAGGGAAAGCCCGCGGGGGGUGGACAAGGCCAGUGAGGAGAGCGGACUGCGGUUCCGCGACACCCGACCAACCCCGCAGAAUGAACCCGAUGAUGCAAAGCGUCGUCGUCUCAUCUACCAAUCCGCGUACCGCGGCAUGGCGGAGAUGGAUAUCAUUCUGGGCGCGUUCUCCCGCCACAGUCUUGAGGGCAUGCCACGCGAGCAGCUGGACGAGUAUGACACGAUUCUCCGACACUUUGAUAGCGAUUUGUUCAAGUGGCUUGUGAUGAACGAGAAGCCGCCUGCAUCCGUGGCAGGUAUGUCAACAUACAAAGUACUGCAAGAGUUCGUGAAGGGUGGGCGGGAAAGGCUGCUAGGCCAGGCUGUGUAG